AUGUACGCCCACGAUAUCAUGGACCCAUCGGAGAAGGAUCUUGAAAACAUGAUGAUGAAGGUCAAAGAGAAUAACAUGACUCUUGAGAAGUUCAAGAACCUUGAGAUCAGGAACACAGAUAAGAGUACGGGAAAUCCCGACACAAACUAUACGGGACGAGCGGUGGGACCUGAUUCCACGCUUGGCUCAGGGACCGUCAUCCCCGACACAACGUGGGCUGUAUCAGCAACGGAAGACCCUAUGAGGCAAGUGCCGAGGCAUGGAGAGUGGGAUAAUGAUCAGCUGUUCUCGCGGCAUCGAAAGGGGUUGCUCGAGCUGGAAAGCUGCGUGGGCGCUCAACGUGAGUUAUGCAUGUCUCAUUCUGGGCGGUGGGCAGACGAUGACCUGACAUGUGGACUUGGCAACGCGGGAGAAGGCUUCGAGGUCAUCGGACGGGAAGCGGCAACAUCUGAGACAUUCAGCUUAGUUGCACAUGUACUCUCCCAGCGGUAUGGUGACGAAAGCCCCGUCUUGCGGAGAAUGAGCCCGCUGAAAGCCAGCUGGAAGCCUCGCGGAGUCUUUGAGUCAUACUGCAGGGUCCCGACGGACUGCAAUUUGCUGACCGCCGCCCCGGGCAGUCAUACAGCAACCGUGCAUCAUGUUGAGAGCUUUGAGUUGAGGGCUGUUGGAAUCGUCGAGCACGGCCAGGUGCCCGGCUCUUGA